GUUCAGUAUUUAAACUCGAUGACGGACCAUGCGUGAACGCUGCUCGCGUUACUUAUGUUAUUUUCCCUCGUAACACACAAUUUCGCAUCUUACCACACCUUCAAGGGCUUCUCUAAAAAAAGAAAAAAGAGAGAUCCGGAAACAUGAGGACUACAGUUCUUCUUGUGGGGCUGUUGGUCGCAGUGGCAGGUGCUUUUGAAGACUGGCCACUUAUGUGUAUUUCCAACCCUCCGAUGCAGUUAGUUGCGGGCAUUACCAACGUCUCCGUAACGAAUGAGAAUUUCUUUGAGAGGAAAUGCCGUGCGCUCCUGGAGUUCGCGGAUCCAGACUUUGCGCCCGUCACUUACUCCUUCACAUCUACCUCCCCUUGUCCAGGUUCACGGGAGACCAACUUGCCAAUACCCCUUGGCUCGCCUAAUGGAGACGCGCGUGUCAUCUGGCAAUGCCACCAUUCCUCGUCUUGUAACCUUGCCGUUAUUUCCAAUGGAACACGCAGCCGGUCGCUCAUCCCCGAACAGAAUGGCACUAUAGCCUGUUUACCUUUGGGUUUUGGUGCGAAUACCAGUAGCUUAUUCAGCCAACUGCCUCAAUCUUCAUCUGUCACAGGUAUCCCAAUAUCAGCCGCUACGUCUAAAUCUUCUCUUGAUUGGAAUUCUACCAAUACAACCAAUCGGACCACCCCCACCCCCACGGUGACUCCUGAUGUUAACUCUGCGACACAAGUUUCGAUUCCGUCAUGGAAAAUAUUCACCAUCACGCACACUAUCACGACACUGUUGACCACCACCUUAACGUCCUAAAACGUGUAUUUGAGUUGAAUUUGCCCCAGAGAUACCUAGGUAGUCCGAAUGUGUUGGUGUUUUCCAUAUUAGGAUCUCUAGCGUGAUUUGUUAUAAUGCAAUCUCUUUGAUAAACAUAGGUAUAACCCUGGCUUGGAUUUAUCUCUUGAUGUGACCUAUAGAAUGCUCCCCUUGACGUAUGCUCAUAUAGGGCAGUAGAGA